AUGGAUUCCUUCGACUUGGCCCUGCCUGGCUUCGGCCAUGAUGUCUCUGCCAUCGACAAUGACAGCCUUCAAUACGACAUCUUCCAGGACUGGGACGUCUUGAAUGAGUUUACACUUCUUGGACAGCAACUUGGGGAGCAGCACACCCAGGCCGAGGAAGCGCCAGUCGAUCCAGUUCCCAUCCAGAACAAUGAUACACCAGAGACGACGCCAAUGUCGCAAACUGCUUCAACACCGUAUUUCCCGAGUCCGCCAGUGACUACACCAUCAGACACAGCUGGAGCCCGGCCUGGCUUCCCGCAAAGCGCCGUGAGGCUCCUUCGCCAGUGGAUGACGGCCAACAGCCACUACCCGUACCCCACGCGCGAGGACAAGGAAAUGCUCAGCACCAUGACAGGCCUCAGUCAGACGCAAAUAAUCAAUUGGUUCGCCAAUGCGAGAAGGCGCGCCAAGAUGUCUGCGCCAUUGCGCGCACCCGCUUCCACUACGGAAUCGAUGGCGCCCAUGGAUAUCCCUGCGCGACGCGCCACCCCCGGCAUCUUGGAAGGCCUGAACCCCAUGCAGCGCUGGGAAAACUCGCCUCCAGAUAACGAGCCUGCUGAUGUCGCGGCGAUUCUCGGUGCUGUCAAUGCAGCUCGCAUUGCUGCCUCCCCUAGUGACCGCUCCUGUCUCACGCCAGCAUCGCGGUACUCGGACGACAGCUCUAGCGUCGGCUUCAGCAAUGGCUCUUCCUUUGGGAGAUACGAUGCGCCCUCUAGCGAGGGCUCCGUGAGGUCCGCCCGGUCAUCCCAAGGCGGCGUCUCCUUGUCUCCCUUCCCAGACAGCUCGGCAAGGCGCAGACGCCGUCGGAAGCGUGCCGGUUUACCCACUCACACAGCAUACCCUACUCCCAUACGCGGCGCAUUUCAAUGCACUUUUUGUGCCGAAGACUUUCAGACAAAGUAUGACUGGCAGAGACAUGAAAAGACGUGGCAUCUCUCCAUCGAUCGUUGGGUUUGCGCCCCAACUGGCCCUCUUUCAGUCGACCCCGUCACUGGUUCCCUAACGUGCGUGUUUUGCAUGCAGCCGAAUCCAGACGCGGCGCACUUUGAAUCGCACAACUUUUCUCUCUGCAGCAGUCGGACUCUCACGGAACGUACUUUUUACCGUAAAGACCAUCUGACGCAACAUUUGCGGCUCGGCCACCACGCCAAGGUCCCGAAAGAGACGCUUGAGACUUGGAAGGCAGCCUCGCCCGAGAUUCGGUCGCGCUGCGGGUUCUGUAAUACUACUCUGCAUAGUUGGAGUGCACGAGUCGAUCACCUUGCACUUCACUUCAAAAAUGGAGCUUCGAUGGAGCACUGGACAGGCGAUUGGGGCUUUACCGAAGCUGUUCUACGGACAGUAGAGAACUCUGUACCACCAUACUUGAUUCAUUUGGAAAAAAUAUCACCACUGCCAUAUUUGGCAAGUAGCGCCUCGCCAUGGACACCCAAUAGCCCCUACGAAUUGCUUAAUAUGGAGUUGGAAUACUGGAUUGCGAACCACACAGAUGAUACUGGGAGUCCGCCGACCGACACCGAAAUCCAACUUGAAGCAUGUCGCAUCAUUCGCAGCGCUGAUAUCCUGUCUACCGACCCUACUGCUGCCUGCGGAUCCUGGCUGCGAGACCUCGUCAUGUCCUGUAAAGAAAUUGCCCGCGACGCCAUGUUUCAAUCUGUCCGCGGCCAAGAAGAGAAUCGCAUGUCGACACUACGAAUUAAUGGCAAAGAUAAUAUCUUUCAAGACUGUGCUUUCGAAAGUGAAUUGCGGCAAUUCACACUCUCGCUGCCACAGAAUGGCAAAGAGGUGGCUAAUUGGGAACUGCAAGUAGAGGCGGAUCGCGUUUUGCGACGAGCUCAGCAAUUAUCCAACUCGAACAAGGACAACGUUCUGAAUUGGCUACUCAGGCUUACGUACAACUCUACCGAUUGGCUGGUAGAUUUCAGAAGGCGACUUUUCGAGGCGGUGGAACAAGGGGAAAAAGUGAGCGAGAUCAGCCCACCAGCCGGCGAUGCGACGACACUCGACCCCAAAGCUCUUGGUGUGGAAUCUCCAAUGUCUCUUGACUCGACGCAGCAAGACCCGACCAAAGAACGCCAUAAAGCGGCUACGGCAAGCCGAAGAGGGUUCUACGAUCUCAACGAUGCCAAUGGCUACCGCCGUCUCGCUCGAGGUCUGGCCCGCUUUGUUGCGUCGUCCAUGUCGGACUGCAACCCGAACAAGCAUAUACCAAGUGACGAGGAGAUUCAACAGCAAGCUCGGUGGCUUGAAUAUGGAGAGGGCGAUCCGUGGAACCAGACGGCGGCAGAUCUCCCAGACUGGCUGGAGCGAUUCAAACGCGACAUUGGGCUUCUACCUCGAGAUACGGGACCUGGCCUGGGUCUAAUCAACCGCAAAACAUGA